UCGAAUCCUUCGAUCCCGAAGCCGCGAGCACGCUUUCUCCCUCGCUCCUUCCUCCCCGUCUUUUCUCGCUUUGGAGAAUACAGACUUCUCGUUCACUUCAUCUCCGGAACUCUCGCCUAUUUCUGCAAAUCGAGAGCCUCUGGAAACAGAGUUGGUUUUGCUCUUCGAUUUCAGGGUUUCCAUUUAUUUACGUUUGCUAUGUUCUGGUGAAUCGAGAUUGAGCUCUUUUUUUUUUUUUGCUAUAAGAUUGAGUGGGUUUUGGAGGUGGUAGUUAUGCAUUGGAAUAGGGGAGGGAGCGGGUCGAAGGUGGAAAUUGGAGCCGCAGAUCGUAAGAGAUUCGGAGAUUCCCUCGACAAUCAUUUGGAGAAGUCUCCGCCGACUGCUUUGAGGGUUAUGGAUUUAAAGGAAAAGGAUAGGUUGUCUGUACCUUCCACCUCCUCCGGGAAGCAGCCGGAGCAUCCCUCCUUGUCCAAUAACAAGUGCUCAGAUGAAGAAUCAGAAACAGAUAGUGAAGAAUCAGAUGUUAGUGGAUCUGACAUGGAAGAUUCAUCUUGGAUUUCAUGGUUCUGUAACCUAAGAGGGAAUGAGUUCUUCUGCGAAGUUGAUGAUGACUAUAUACAAGAUGAUUUCAAUCUAUGUGAAUUAAGCAAUCAAGUUCCAUAUUAUGAUUAUGCUCUUGAUUUGAUCUUGGAUGUCGAGUCUUCUCAUGGAGACACAUUCACUGAGGAAGAAAAUGAGAUGGUUGAAUCAGCAGCAGAAAUGCUGUAUGGUAUGAUUCAUGUUCGGUACAUAUUAACCAGUAAAGGGAUGGCAGCAAUGCUUGAAAAGUUUAAGAACUAUGAUUUUGGAAGAUGCCCUCGAGUUUACUGCUCAGGUCAGCCUUGUCUUCCUGUUGGACAAUCUGACAUUCCUCGAUCAAGUACUGUGAAAGUAUAUUGUCCCAAAUGUGAAGAUAUAUACUAUCCAAGAUCCAAGUAUCAAGAUAUUGAUGGAGCUUACUUUGGAACUACGUUUCCUCACCUGUUUCUCAUGACGUAUGGGCACCUGAAGCCACAAAAACCAUCUCAGAAAUACAUACCUAGGGUGUUUGGCUAUAAAAUCCACAGACCAUGAUGGUGAAGUUGAGCUGCCACAUGCUGAGAAUUCUGUUGACUGGAGGGCUUCCAUUUCUGUUAGUGUUGAUUUGCCCUAGAUGAUGAUGAGCAACUGUUUAUAUUGGGCUUUAAUAUUCUUCAAAAAUUUUUAUCUUAAUCUUGUAACUACUGAGCAAGUUCAACUUUACAGAAUCAAUUCAUUUCCUAGCUUCA